AUGGAGGGAGGGAGUGAGAAAGAAGGCAAAGUCUUUUGUGCUUCCCCUCCCCCCGAUCAAAGUAAAGGGGAAAUGUCUCAGCCAAAGGGAGGUAAGAGGAAGCCGGUGCUCUCGCUCUCCAAGGACGUGUUUGAGCAGCCUCCUGCUGCUGCCGCACCCCCAAGAGAUUUGGAUUCGAAAGCUUGUGUGACCAUCGGAGAGAAGAACGUUGUGGUGAAGGCCGAUGACUUGGAGCAGAUCGACGAGCUGGGAAGAGGGGCGUAUGGUGUGGUGGACAAGAUGAGGCACAUGCCCAGUGGCUUGAUCAUGGCAGUGAAGAGGAUCCGUGCCACAGUGAACACCCAGGAACAGAAGAGACUGCUGAUGGACCUAGACAUCUCAAUGAGGACAGUAGACUGCUUCUACACAGUUACCUUCUACGGCGCACUCUUCAGAGAGGGUGAUGUGUGGAUCUGUAUGGAGCUGAUGGACACUUCUCUGGAUAAAUUCUACAAGCAGGUGAUAGAUAAAGGCAUGACCAUCCCCGAGGACAUACUGGGAAAGAUGGCCGUCUCGGUAGUGAAGGCUCUGGAACAUCUGCACAGUAACCUGUCAGUGAUCCACCGAGAUGUGAAGCCAUCAAACGUAUUGAUCAACACACAGGGCCAGGUGAAGAUGUGUGACUUUGGGAUCAGUGGUUACCUGGUGGACUCCGUGGCCAAGACCAUAGACGCUGGCUGCAAGCCCUACAUGGCGCCAGAGAGGAUCAACCCAGAGAUUAAUCAGAAAGGCUACAACGUCAAGUCUGACAUUUGGAGUUUAGGAAUCACUAUGAUUGAGCUGGCCAUCUUGCGUUUUCCCUAUGACUCGUGGGGCACCCCCUUCCAGCAGCUGAAGCAGGUGGUGGAGGAACCAUCCCCCCAGCUUCCUGCUGACCAGUUCUCCCCUGAGUUUGUUGACUUCACCUCUCUGUGCUUAAAGAAAAAUUCCAAAGAGCGGCCAAACUACCCAGAACUCAUGCAACAUCCCUUUUUCAUCUCCCACGAAUCCAAAGAGACUGACGUGGCUUGCUUUGUCAAGGUCAUCCUCGGGGACUGAUAAGCAGCCCCGCUCCCUGAUCUAAGACAACGCUCUGACCAAUUGCCACAGGGGGAGGCGGGCCUUACAAAAAAAGCACCAAUCGCAAACCCUGUUACCUGCGGGACUCCAACGCCUCCCCAGUUCCCGACCCCUCCCUCUGGCACAGAUGCAAAUGGACAGUAGAGGAACUCCGAGGAGAUGAAUGAGGAGAAUGAUGCCCAACCAUGUUGGAGGAAUGAGGAGUUAGCCUUAAGGCCUCAAGGCCCUCACAUAUUAGAUAUAGGCAAUGGGGCAACGUGUAAUUUACUGUUGUUUUGAGGAUUGGAGGGCUGAAUGGAUGAAUUUAUGAUGAAUUUAACUAUGUGAAAUGCGACUCCCGCCGACUCUCUAAUUUUGUCCCACCCUUGUUACUGUACGAGACCCACUGCUCAAACAGUGAUUUGGAUGUUAGUGAAUUUAGGAACGUGUGGAUUAUGCCCUGUGCUAUUGGUCAUUCUCUAAUAUAUAUUUAAACCUGGUGUGAAAACAUAAAACAACUAAAAGUGAUAAAUAUACAUAUGUAUAAUCUAAAUGUUUGUAUUUUACUCAAAGAAAGUUGUAUUGGUUUACUAAUAGACUGCACAUGUACAGAACAUAUCUACUAUAUAAUGGGUGGGUUUCAGUCCCCUUAGAUAAACAGAUAGUUACAGAGAGAUUCAGAUUCUAUGACUGUCCAAUGGUUGAGCUGUAGACCGGGAGACAGGCUGGAGGCCUCAGUCAGACCUGCAAUGGGUUCUUCAAAGGAAGUUACUGCAGUUUGCUCUUAACUGCUCU